CACACUUUUCGACAUACAUGUAGAAAAUUGAAUUUUUCUAUUCUAUAUAUUGAAGUCUUUACCCGUCCCUGGUGCCAACUUUUAUUGACUUUUCUAGAGUUUAUCUAAUGUUAAUUGUAAUUUUACCAGUAGUUAAGGAAUUUUGUAAAGUGCACUUUGGAUACAAGGCUCAAAAGGAUGACGAGCUGACAUUGAAAGAAGGUGAUAUAGUCACGAUAAUUAGCAAAGAUGCCGAAGAUCAAGGAUGGUGGCGAGGUGAAUUGAAUGGAAAAAUAGGCGUUUUCCCUGAUAAUUUCGUAACACUUUUACUUAACAACGUACAGGAUAAAAAUCCAAGCCCUAAGCACGAAGCAAAACCUCCUGCCAAUACAAACAGUGCCAUCAAGCCCAGUUCCGUAGCCUCGCAAAGGAAAUCCCUCGAAAUUAAGAAGACAGACGCUUCUAAAAGUACUCCGCCACUGCCAGGGAAGAAACCUUCAGUUUCCCUAAAAAAAUCUCCGUCUGGUUCCAGUGCCGGCGGUUUAUUUUCGAAAUUGAAAGAUAAAAUAGCGGAUGCCGUGGAUGGGGUUAGCAGUAGCAAAGUUAAGGAAGCCAAGGAAGUGAAGGAGAGUGAAAAGAAUGAUAGUGUGGCCCUUCCAGACACCAGUGCGUUCGAUCAAGUGGAUAGGCGGCCUCUGUUGGGUGAUGUCAGAGCAAGCAGAGCAAGGCCUCCAG